UCUUAAAAAAAAUACUCUAGUCUAGUCCAAAUAAUAGUUGCUGCGUGUUGUUUCUUGGUUGCUAUGGAUACCGAACGCCAGCUCAUCCACGCCAUGGACGGCUGAAAUGGAAAAAAAGUCAAGAAGCGGGAUACACAGAUGGAGACGUCAUCUCAGACCAAAGUCAGAGGAGGGCAAUGGAAGCCCACAAGAGACAGCAAGUACAGCAAGCAGACCCAGGACCUGCUGACAUCAAUGAUGCAAGAGUUCACUCUCAGCAACCGCCAAAGAAAAAAGAUCAUUGACUGUCUCAAGGAUGGCUCAGCCUUGCCACUGACCACUGAGCCUUCAUCAUCAGCUUCCUGUCUUCAGCCGAAAGCCAGUCAAUGCUACCCGAAACGUCUCCCGGUUCGGCCUCUGAGAAGGAGUGCCGUUUCUUGUCGCUCGGGAAACAACUAUGUCCGAGAAAAGUUCUGUCCUGCUCCCACAAUAGACUUAGAAAAGGAGAAGAGGAGGCUUCAAAACAUCCUGGCAACAGGACAAGAACAAGAAGAGACAGCCUCCCAUAAUGUUGCUGCGAAUCGGAAGCCGGAAGUGGUCGAGGAGAAAGACCGCUAUCAGGAAGUUCUGGAUGAGAUUCAGGAACGACGACAAUUCCUGGCUGACAUGUCCUCGCUUGGACAGGACAAGCAGUACAGCCACAUCAUUAACACAGAAAUAUCACAGAAAAUCAGGGAAUUAGAGGCGCUGAAUGGCAAACUUUCUCGGGAAGCCGUGUCUGAGCUGAGUGUGGAUUAGUUGAAAGUUUCACAUUACAUUCACAAGAAAUAAAUUACGAUAAUUCACUUG